AUGCCCGACAACGACGACUCUUCGGACAACUUCUUCGUCCGCUUCAAGCAAAAGGUUGACGACCACAUCGCCUCGGCUUUCCAGAGAGUUCUGGGCGUUCCCACCGCCGUGUCCCGUCUCAACAGCAGCUGGCCCGAACCUCCGCGACCGUCCCGGGCCGACGAGCAUGAGCGCAGAAUAACAACGUCAGAGGACGGUGUCGCCGCCGCUGCCAAUGCCGUCCAGCCUCGCGGGCCGUCCUCGCAGUACCCCCACCCGACUGUGUUUGACCUCUUCUCGUCAAUGUCGCCAAUGCAAGCCCUCUUCGAAACCGACAAGCUCACAGAGUCCCUGUACCAGGUCAUGUGGAUCUCGUUUCUCAUCGACUCGCCCUACUCACCGCUGCGGCUUCACGACCUGCCGCAGCCCACUCCCAAGGACCUACCCGAGGGCACCGACGCGACCCUCUUCGGCUUCGAGGACGCGUUUGAGGACCUGCUCAUGGUGAGCAGCGGCCAGGGCUUGCCGGACAUCAACGAACGCGUCCGCUUCAGAAAGGAGUGCCGCGAGUCCUUCCCCCACGGGCUGCCACCGAUCCUCUGGCUUCACCAGCUCACCCGCCAGGGUCUGUGGGAUGGCUGGGACCCGAGGCCGGAGGUGCUGGACGGGCCCGUGAGUGAGCGGUGGCAGCGGUGGUUGCAAGAGCAGGAUGAUCCCUUCCGCGAAGGGCGAUCGCUGCCCGCCCCGAGCCAGUCGUCGCCCAAGGAGGUCCAGAAGACGCCGGCGGUUGAGGACGCGGCGCGGGAGGCACGAGGGCGUCCUGAGCAGGACCACCACGGGGAGACCGAGGAGGACUCGUACUUCUCGGUCAUGGGCAAGGCCCGUCUCAACACAUCCCGCGAGACGUCCACGUCCACAUCCGAAUCGCCCAAGUCGCACUCCACCACGCGAGACCUCUCACCUCAUGGCCUCCCCGCGGGUUGGAGAGUCGUGGAAAAGGUCCAGGAGCGCGAGGACGCAAAGGGCAACGUCCAUGUCACCAAGACCGUCACGACAUUCAAUGACAGAGGCGAGGAGGUUGGCAGGCAGACGGAGAGCCGUUCCGAGUACGCCUGGUCGGCGAGUUUCUCGGCAGGCAACAACAAGAACAGGGAUCAGCAGCAGCGAGAUAGCGACGAAGGCGACAACGAUAAGAGCAGUUGGUUCUGGAAAUGA